AUGCGCCGGACUGCGUCGCAUGCGAAGAUUGUGCAGCAGCAUGAGCGUCGAAAGUCCUCCCGUGAGGCGAAGGCCUCAGCGGCGCGCUUCGGGUCCAAGCAGAGCCGGUUCCAACUCCGGCAGGAGGAGGUGUACGCGCAGGAGGCCCUGCAGCCGGUGACCUCCCCGGUGCUGCCGGCGGGCCGCCACGGCGGCGGCCGCCCCCCCGCAGAGACGAGCGGCGAGCCACCGGCGACGUUCAGUCGCUUUGAGCGGCCGCCCGCUGCCGCGGAGUCGGGAGGUGCGCGUGGCACGACGGCGACGGCGACCUUCGGACUUGCGCCCCCGCGACGGGCCGGGAUGCACGUGGCGGACUCCCGCAGCACGCGGCGCGCGGCGAGGUUUCGGCUUGAGGAGCGUGGCCCGCCGUCGGCGUCGGCGUCGCCGUCGCUGGGCGCGGGGCUGCUCGGCGCCACCCGCCGCACGAGGGACGCCGCCGAAGCCGACGCCGACGCCGCGGACGCCCCGGACGACGACGGUGGACCGCCGCGGAAGAAGACGCGGGAGGAGCGCUUUCGCGAGGUGCUCGCCAGCAGCAAAGAGCACCGCGCCCAGGCGCAGCGGGAGCGUGAGGGGCGGGCGCAGCAAACCACCGCCCUCGACGCGGCCUUCAACGGGGUGAUGCACCUGCUGGAGCGUAGGGACAAGGCGCAGGAGGAGCGCGCGGCCUUCGCCCGCGUUGGGACCCCGCAGGUGCGGGCCCUGCUUCAGUCCUUCCGCGAGAACCACGUCGCGAAGACGGUGUCGCUGCGGGGCGACGGCAGCUUCACCGUCGCCCCGCUCGUCGACCGCGGCACGGUGGCCGACGCCGCGCCUGCGCUGGACAAGGCAAGCAUGGCGCUGCUGCAGAAGGUUCGCGCGGAGGCGGCUGCGCAGGAGCGGGGCGCCGCGUCGGCACUCGCCCCGCAUCCGCCUCUGAAGGCCACGGCGGUGGCGGCGGGCGCCGCGGGGGAAAACCUCGCCGGGGAGGGCGGCAGCGAGGCGGAUGACUUUGACCGCAUGAUGCACGCCAUGCGGGGUGAGACGCGCCGCGCGCACGCCGGGGAGCGGACGCUGACGGAGGAGGAGGCGCAGGCGCAGCGCGACCAGCAGGCGCUGCUGCAGACGGACCGUAGUGCCGUGCCGCCGCUCGCGCCGGACGCGACGCAGCUGACGCGUGCGGAGUGGCUGAGCCGCGGUGGCGAUCACGCCUACCAGAUGCAGGACAGCGACGACGACGACGACGGUGAGGCGGAGGACUCGCUAGACAUUUCCUCCGCCGCCGACAGCGACGAGGCGGUGCAGGCGGCGGAGGACGGCGACGAGGAGGUCACCGCCGUGGGAGAUGCGGGUAGGAGCGCGGACGCCGCUGCAGGGACGGCGGGGCGCCUGGAGGAGCUUCUCUCCGCAAUGGAGGCCUUCAGUCGCGAGGCGGACGGGGCACCUGCCGCGCGCGCCGCACGCAGUCGAGCCUACCACGCCCUGCUGCGCCGCCUGCACCAGUACGCCCGCGAGCACGUGCUGCACACCGCACAGACGUUCCGCCUCCUCCUCAUUGAGGCGCAGCGCAGUUUCCUGCGGCACGGCUCACUCGACCGUGCCACGCUGCUGCUCCUGCACGCCACCUCCCGCAUCUUCCCCAUGACCGAUUACCGCCACGAGGUGGCAACGCCCUUCCUCCUCUUUCUCUCCUCUGCGCUGCUGCAGAUGCGACUGAGGACGCCCGCGCACGCGCAGGCGUAUGCGGUGCUCGCGGGCCUGCUCUGCGAGAGUGUCCUGGCCGGCGGCAAGUACUGCGCGGAGGCCAUCAUCGCCCCGCUCAACCUCAUCGCCCUGCAGGUGCCGCGCUCGGUGUUGGAGCCCGUGCGGCUGCAAGGCCUCUGCGUGCCCUUUCCGCUCGUCGAGCGCGGCGGGGCGGAGGAGCUGCUGCUGCGCACCGGCACGGUCGCCCCUGGCGACGCGGACGCCGCGGCGCCGCUGCAGGCGACCCUUGCCCUGCUCGAGACGGACGCUAGUCCCGCCCGAGUGGUGCGCUAUGCCUAUCGGCUGCUGUCGCUGCUGGCGGAGGCCCUCCGCGGGGCGCCGGCACUGCCAUGCUGCCUGACGGAGCCCUUUUGCGCCCUGCACGCGAGGCUCGUGGCGACCGACGCGUGGCAGCCGUCGGAGUCCGUCCGCGGCGACCACGACGCGCUGCUCGCGAAGCUGACGCAGCUCGCCGCGGAGGCACGCGAACGUCGCACGCCGCUGGCGAUGCGCUCCUUUCGCCCACGCCCCAUUCGCCAGUUUGAGCCGCUGCUGCAGGAGGGCACGACGACGGCGCUGAAGAAUGAGGUGCGGGCGAUGAAGCGGGAGAUGCGGGAGGACCACAAGCGCGUCGUGCGCCACGUGCAGGCGGAGGCAAACGUCGGACGGCGGCAGCGCGAGCGGGCGGCGGAGGCGGCGGAGUCGCAGCGCGCGCAGAAGUACCGCGAGCUGAUGGGGUCGCUGCAGGCGCAACAGCACGUCAUGAACACCGUGGACGGGCUCCUCGACAAGGCGAGGUCAAAGAAGCGCAAGAGCAUCACAGGCGGUGCCGGCGGCGGUGCCGCGGAGGACACUGCUGAAAACUGA